AGCGGUAGAGGGAGCGAGGAGAGAGCGGCAGAGGGCACGUGGCGAUGUGGAUAGCGAUGGAACGGUGUGUGGCGGACACUGCAUUUUAUAGGCGCGCCAGAAGCGGCGGACCAAAUCUAGCGCGCGACCGCCCGCUUUUUCCCCGCGCACGCAAUCGUUUCCCGCGUGAAACCAUCCCGCGCUAAAAUCUCAUUUUACCGCGCGUGCGUUUUUUGCAGCCACUGUUGGAGAGGCUCUAACUAGCGCAGAGUAACGCACUAUUUUUUUGUUGCCGCUAACUCUUAGCCUCAUCUUUUUUCCUUUUUUUUUGAGAAUCCUUUUUUUUUGUCAGAUAACCCCAUCUUCACACCGGCCCAUCUUUUUCCUGAACAAAACACCGGCUUUCCUGAACAAAACACCGGCCAUCGCCACUCCAACGCAUAUUUUUCAGCCCACACUCAAAACCUAAAGUAGGGUAUUCUGCAGCCCAUUUACACCGUGGAACCAUCUUCCGGCCAUCUUACGCAGCACACAGCCGCCGCCGCUGCCAGCAUAGGGGACAGAGAGCGGCCGGAAGAUGGCCUUGCCGGAGAUCCCCGACGAGCUCCUGGUGGAAAUCCUCCUCCGCCUCCCCGCCGCAUCCGACCUCAUCCGCGCCUCGGCAGUCUGCGUCUCCUUCCGCCACCUCGUCGCCGACGGCUGCUUCCUCCAACGCUUCCGCAGACUCCACCCCCCGCCCCUCCUCGGCUUCCUCGACCAGCACGGCUUCCACCCCGCCGUACCGCCUCACCCCUCAGCGCCUGCGGCCCGCGCUGUCGCCAGCACCGCUGACUUCUCCUUCGCCUUCCUCCCCUCCCCUGCGCGGAGCUGGUCCAUACGGGACGUCGGCGACGGCCGCGUCCUCCUCGACAGACCCUGCCGGCAUGGCGCCGGCAAGGGACGCACCGGCGCCCUCUUCGCGGAGAUGGCGGUGUGCGACCCCCUGCACCGGGAGUACCUCCUGCUCCCCACAAUCCCCGAUGACCUAGCGGCUUCGGAUGAGAACCCACUGCGGAUAUAUGGACAGCGCUGGGGCGAGAGCUUUCUAGUCCCUGAUGGCAACGACGAGGAGACACCUCCUGCCGAGGAUACGGUGUUCAGAGUGAUCUGCCUAGCGCAGUACCAAACUAAGCUGGUGGCCUUUGUCUUCUUUUCCGGCACCGGACAGUGGCGAGACAUUCCAUCCCUGAGUUGGAUUAAUUUUAUACCUGACUUCUCGUCGGAAUGGAUGGGUAUUUCUUCGUGGCGGCAAUAUGCAUAUGGUUGCUUUUACUGGUUUGCAGGUUGGAGUGGAAAAUUCGCUGUGCUUGACACCCGAAGAAUGGAGUUCACCAUGGCUGACCGCCCACCCAGAGUUAGUGGUUUCCACAGUUAUAUGGGCAUUGUGGAGGCAGGGGAAGGCAUGAUUGGGAUGUUUGUGCCUGCACAUGACAAAGUCAGCCAUCAUGGACUUGACACAGUUCUCCUGAGAUAUACCAUUGGACGAGACAAUGGUGGGAGUUCCACCCAGUGGCAGACGGAGAAGACAAUCUCAAUAGCUUCUGGCUCCUCGUUCAUGGGUUCAAUAGGGAGGCACUUGCUCCUGUAUCAGUGCGGAAACUCAUUGCUCGAGCUAGGUUGUUUCACGCUGGAUGUCAAAACUUUCCAGCUUGAGAGGGUAUGUGUUUCACGGCUCAUUCCUGCCGAGUCACGCGCAUAUUGCAACUUCCCACCGUCAUUAUUAUUGUCACCGAAAGUGUCAAGUGGUAAACUUUCUCUGGGAUGCUAG